UAGUGUACAUUAUUUUCAUCACUUUCAUUCAUUCACAUUUUUAAUUUUCAAAAACAAAGGUAGAGCAAAGCUGAGCAAUGGCUUCACUGGCAGCAUCAACGGCGGCUGCCUCCCUUGGCAUGUCAGAAAUGCUCGGAAACCCUCUCCGGAGUGGCGUAACGAGAUCGGCACCUCCUCCCACCGCGACAUCUAGCCCUGCCACCUUCAAGACCGUCGCACUUUUCUCCAAGAAGAAGGCUGCACCUCCCAAAAAGGCUGUCGUCUCCCCUGUUGAUGACGAGCUCGCCAAGUGGUACGGUCCCGACAGAAGAAUUUUCUUGCCGGAGGGGCUGUUGGACCGAUCAGAAAUUCCGGCAUACCUCACCGGAGAAGUCCCUGGAGAUUAUGGUUACGAUCCUUUUGGGCUUAGCAAGAAACCAGAUGACUUUGCCAAGUACCAAGCAUAUGAGCUAAUUCAUGGCAGGUGGGCAAUGUUGGGGGCUGCGGGCUUCAUCAUCCCUGAGGCCUUCAACAAAUUUGGUGCUAACUGUGGCCCUGAAGCUGUUUGGUUCAAGACAGGAGCUCUACUCCUAGAUGGUAACACACUGAAUUACUUUGGAAAGAACAUCCCCAUUAAUCUUAUAUUCGCUGUCAUCGCUGAAGUUGUUCUUGUUGGUGGUGCUGAAUACUACAGAAUCAUCAAUGGAUUGAAUUUGGAGGACAAGCUUCACCCAGGCGGUCCAUUUGAUCCAUUGGGGCUUGCAAAGGAUCCAGACCAGGCUGCAAUACUGAAGGUGAAGGAGAUCAAGAACGGUAGACUUGCAAUGUUUGCAAUGCUCGGUUUCUUCAUCCAAGCUUAUGUAACGGGAGAAGGUCCAGUUGAAAACCUCGCCAAACAUCUAAGCGAUCCGUUUGCAAACAACUUGCUCACUGUGCUUGCUGGAUCUGCUGAAAGAGCUCCUACCCUGUGAAUCAAUGCUUGUGCCUUUGAUCUGAGUACUUUUGAAUGAACAUUAUUGUAACUACCAAGUACUUGAUUAGACAGACAUGUUUCUGAAUUGUGAUUUAGUUGAUCACCUUUGCAAUAUUGGAGUACUCUUGCACUUCUCAAUAUUUCUCUCAAUUUUGAGGCA